AUGGCUACCCCUAGUGUCCUAGCUUUUGACGCUGAGGGUCGCGCCAUUGAUUUUGAGGUCUGGUUAGACGACCUGCAGCUCUUCUUACAGUGCGACAGGGCUGACGACCUUUCUCUCUUUGACCUCACCUCUGGCGCCUCUCCUGCCCCUGCUGCUGAUGCUGAUCCCGCUGUCCGCUCUAAGUGGGCCACCCGCGAUGCUGCUGCACGUCUUGCUGUGCGUCGCCACCUCCCUACCUCUGAGCGUGCGCACUUUAGUCAGUACAAGAGUGCUCAGACCUUUGACACUCGCUACCGCGCCGCCCUUCCUGCUGAGUUCUGCGCUAAGAACCCCCCCCCCAUGUACAUCGCUCUCUACUACGUAGUCGCACGCCUCCCUGACUCCCUUCGCGUCGUCAGGGACCACUUUCUCGCAGUCUGUCCCACCACUCUCACCGUCGACCUCCUCGAGAAGGCCCUCCUUGCAGCGGAGAAGAGCAUAGUCGCUGUAGGUGCUUCUCGUGGUGACCCUCGCACCCCCAUCUUUGAGGGGUGCUCUCCUUCCCCCUUGCUGCCCUCUGUUGCCUCUGCUGCUGCUGCCGACCUGCUUGGUCUUGAGUCGGUCGGCGCGGCGUCUGCCCCUAGUGGGAGACGUCGCUCCAGCAAGGGCAAGGGGGGCAAGGGCGCGGGUGGAGCUGGAGGGGGCGGUGGCGGUGGCGGCGGUGGCGGCGGAGGGAGUGGGGGUGGCGGCGGGGCUAGUGGCGGUGGUGGUGGUGGUGGUGGCGGCAGCAGCGGCGGAGACGGUGGUGGUGGUGCCAGCGGUGGUGGUGGAGGCAGCGGCGGAGGUGGAGGCGGCGGAGGUGGAGGCAGUGGAGGCGGCAGCGGAGGAGGCAGUAGUGGUGGAGGAGGUGGAGCUGGUCGGGGUGGUACCCAGCAGCGUAGCGGCGGUGGUGGUGGCCAGCGCUCGCACCGGCAGCAGCAGCAGCGCUCGCGGGACAUCCCUUCGCCUCAGCAGCUUCGUGAGUGGUACGCUGGGCGUCAGAGGGGUGGGGGUACUGGUCCCUGCACCUACGUUCUUUGUUCCGGCGACCGCGCGGGUGAGCAGUGUGGGGGUGCCCACGCCACCCAGCGCUGCUUUGGCCGCCUGACGGACGCUUGGCGUCAGCAGUUCCCUGGGGCUAGUGAGAUCCCUCGCUGGGAUGAGCUUCUCAGGGCUGGUGUAGCGAUCUUUGAUCUUGAUUUUGAUGCUAUCCUUACUGCUAUGUAUGUUGUGGAUUAUAGUGAGGAGAAUGAGGGUUACCGGUGUUUUCAGCCCGACCCGGGCAUUGGUACUGCUGCGCUAGGUGCUUGUGAGGCUGUUGCUCUAGGUGCCAGUGCGUCUGCGCUCUCAGGUACUGGUGAGACUGCGCUCUCAGGUACUGAGUCGUCCUCGUCCUCCCUCACUUUCACACUUGACUCCGGAGCUUCUCGCUCCUUCUUUCGAGACCGCACUACCCUUUCGCCGCUCGCCAGGCCGGUUGCGGUCUCCCUUGCUGACCCCUCUGGGGGUCCUGUCCUGUCUCACUUCUCCACUGUCCUCCCGUGUCCGGCUGCCCCUUCGGGCACCCUGUCGGGUCUGUACCUUCCCUCGUUCUCUACGAACUUGGUGGCUGCGUCGGGUCAGGUACUUGCUGCUGCGUCCCGGACCUUCCUGUGUCCCCUGUGUCGAGGGUCGCCUCCGGGCUACUCCUCACUCUCCCACUUCCCCCCGACAGAGGCUCCCCUGCAGACGCUUCACAUGGAUGUGUGGGGCCCAGCCCCCGUCCGUGGGCAGGGUUACGAGAGCUACUUCCUGUUGGUGGUUGACGACUACUCGCGUUACACCACAGUCCUCCCCUUGUGCAGCAAGGGUGCGGUCACUGAGGUGCUGAUCGACUGGAUCCGCGAGGCUCGUCUCCAGCUCAGGAAGAGCUUCGGCUCGGACUUUCCUGUUCUCCGUCUGCACUCUGACAGAGGCGGAGAGUUCUCUUCUCGCCUUCUGCGAGACUACUGUCGUGCACGGGGGAUCCGCCAGACCUUCACGCUUCCGGACUCACCACAGCAAAAUGGGAUUGCUGAGCGCCGCAUUGGCAUGGUCAUGGAUGUCGCUCGUACGUCCAUGAUGCAUGCGGCUGCCCCCCAUUUUCUGUGGCCGUUUGCGGUGAGGUACGCGGCGCAUCAGCUCAACCUUCACCCCCGGGUCUCUCGGCCAGCGAUGUCCCCAGCCUUGCUGUGGACGGGGAAGGUUGGCGAUGCGUCUGUGUUCCGUGUCUGGGGAUCUCGGGCGUUUUUCCGCGACCUGUCUGCGGACAAGCUGUCCCCUCGUGCUGCUCCCUGUGUCUUCCUUGGCUUCCCCACUGACGCCCCAGGGUGGCAGUUUUACCACCCCUCCUCUCGUCGUGUUCUGUCCUCCCAGGACGUCACGUUCGACGAGUCAGUCCCCUUCUACCGUCUCUUCCCCUACCGCACUCCUUCCCUCCCCCCUCCCCGGACUUCCUUGUGCCGGUUCCCCCCCGGUAGACCCCCUCCCCCUCAGGUUCCUGCCCCCUCAGGUGUGUCCCAGGUAGACGCCGUUGACCCGGUCGAGGUUACUGGUGACUCUGGUGCUGCUGCGGGUGCUGAGCCUGGGGGUGCUGACUCUGGGGGUGCUGUGCGCGGGGUGCUGAGCCUGGGGGUGCUACUGCUGGGGGUGCUGGGCCUGAGGGUGCUACUGCGGAGGGUGCGGAGCCUGGGGGUGCUGAGCCGGGGGGUCGCUGUGCCUGGAGGUGCUGGGUCUGGGGGUGCUGGGAGCUGCGCGAGUGGUUCGCUCGCCGCUGGAGGCGUGCUGCUGAGUCUGGAGGUGCUGCUGGAGCUGGAGCUGGAGCUUCUUCGACCGUCGAUGGGUGCGGGUGCAGCCGGUCCCGGAGCUGCUGGCCCUGCAGGUCCUCCUGGAGCUGGAGCUGCUGAGGGCGUUCGUGCUGAGCCUGCUGCUGUUGGUCCUGCCGCUGGAGGUGUGGGUGGCGCUGGUGCUGUCGCUGAGGGUGCUGGUGCUGUCCCUGCUGAGUCUGGAGCUGCCGCGCGGCCUCGGCCGUACUUCGUUCCGCUCCUUCAGCAGGUUCUUGGUCUUUCUCCUCCAGUCGAGGGUCCACCGCCUGUCCAGUCGCAGCCCCUACUGGAGCCUUCCUCUCCACUGCCUGCUCCCUCUCCUUACACUGGUCCUACUGGAGGUCUUGCUGAGCGUCGUGAGCCUGCGUCUCGUCCCGCGUCGCCUUCGGACUCUCUUCGUGCUGCCAGUCCCACUGUCACGCGUCUGCUUGCUACUGUCGUCACUGACCCCUCUUUUGAGUCCACUGCUGCGUCUGCUUUAGUCGCUGAGCUCGUCGACUUUGCUGCUCGCUGCCGUCUCGACUACGCUGCUAGCCUUGUUGCUGAGUCUGCGUCUGUCUGUCCUCCGUCCGUCGGGGUGAGUGUGCUCUUGGCACGGACGUCCUAG